AAGGAGGAAUUUGGCCAACACGAGUAAGAAGGCCGAGGUUGGUGAAUAAGAUACCAAGAGGUGGUUGUGGCAUAUAUUCACUCAAGCUCAGGAUCAGCGCCGUGGUGUCUGCCAAAUAAACAAAUCACUGCACAUACAUUUUUGUGGCUUGCUGAGACUUGGAAUGUGUUGAAUUAUUCGUUAAUGAUGCAUCAGAUAUAGCUGCGGUACUGCUUUUUGAUGUGAUUAAGAUUGCUUUUGAGAGUGAAACAGUAUAGUUCUUUAUUUAACUCUGUGAGGAGAACGCACAGCAACAUGCCAAUUGAUUGUGUCAGGUUCUCUCCCUUGAGAAAUAACUGACGGUUGCCCACGCAGUGUGCUGGCGGCAGCAAUGAGCGCUGCGCUGCCAGGCGUAGCGCUAAAGCGGGCGGUUUCUCGGCGAAAAGGAAAUCACAAAUUUGAGGAGCCAAAGCGUGCCGUGCUUUCUCCUGCUGAUGUGAAAAAAUGGGAACAGUCAUCUGCUUACCAGGAUAUUUUAGGGUUCAUAACAUCAAUGAAUAUUGCAGUGAAGGGCAAGAAAACCAGUGCACCAUGUGUCACUAGCUCACUCACGGCAAGUCUGCUAAAGAUGUUGGACACUAUCUGCCAGUGGGUUGAUGACAUCCUCCCAAUUGACCAGCCUCAGCGCUAUGGAAAUAAAGCCUUCAGAGACUUUUAUUCAAGACUUAAAGAGCAAGGUGAAAGAAUCUUGAGAGAGUCACUACCUGAAGAAUUUCAUCCAGCUGUUGCAGAGAUUGCAGUUUAUCUUAUGGAAAGUUUUGGUAACUCUACAAGAAUUGAUUAUGGUACUGGACAUGAGCUAUCCUUUAUCAUGUUUCUUUGCUGCAUAUUCAAAAUAGGUGCAUUGAAACAGGAAGAUUCAGCUGCUGUUGUUACACAGAUAUUUAACAGGUACCUUUCCUUGUGUCGUAAACUUCAGACAACUUACAAGAUGGAGCCAGCAGGAAGUCAAGGAGUUUGGAGUUUGGAUGAUUAUCAAUUCAUUCCAUUCAUUUGGGGAUCAUCUCAACUUCAAAUGAACCCAAAAAUUUCUCCAGAGAUGUUUUGCAAUGAAAAGACUGUUAAUGACAAUGCAGAUGAUUACAUGUUCCUCAGUUGCAUCAAGUUCAUCUUAUCAGUAAAAACUGGACCCUUUGCUGAACAUUCCAAUCAGCUCUGGAACAUCAGUGGUGUUCAGUCUUGGACCAAAAUCAACCAAGGUUUGAUCAAGAUGUACAAAGCAGAGGUGUUACACAAGUUCCCAGUUGUGCAGCACGUACUCUUCGGCAGCAUCCUGUCCAUUUGUCCUGCCACAGAAAUGGUGUAUUACCCACCACCUGGGACUGAUAUGCCUCAUCUUAGCAGUAAAAAUCCAACUGCACCAUCUUUCAUGACCUCGAAGCCAGCGCAGGGGAAACUACCUUUUAAUGAUGCAGUUUCAAGUAUGUCUAAUUAUGGGAAGAUGCCAAAAAAUUUGCCAUUAAAUGACAGCUUAUCUAGUGUGAGUAAAAUGUCCCAAGGAGCUGGCUCAAUUGAUCACAUUGCAAUUAAUAGAAAUUCAAAUUCAAUCACCAGUAGAUCAACAAAUAUAUCCUGUGCUGAUGAGAGACACCCAGCUAUGUCUCCACUGAACCCAUUAUCUGUCACUAGUUUUCCAAAAUGCAAUAUAAGCACAGAAAGUAAUACUGAAAACAGAAAAUAAAUCACCAUGUUCACUACCUAUUGACCUUGUUUCCAUUAAAAACUAAUAGAUAAAAAAUGGAAGUAAAUUAACGAGAACUAAAUGGAAAAUUUCAACUUCUCUAAUUUCCUAUACAGGGUUUAACACAUUAUUAUGCUAAGUGGAAACUGUUCUGUACAUAUGCAUUUUGAAGCAUUGUUUAGCUGUGAUUUGAGUGUGGUGAUGCAACAAAUACAAUGGCCAGACCAGACAGAUGUUUAUGUUGUAAAAAUACCAUGUCAACAUAUUCUAUAUUACUUUAUAUUAUUCCAAAUUACUGUAAGCAUGUGACAUUUUCAUCUUUAAAAAUUUCUUUUUAUAUUUAUUUAUUAAAUUUUUUUCAAAUUCUUGCUGUAAAAUUACAGGGUAUUCAGUGUCACUGUCUUGGCAUGAAACUGCAGUCAGCUGAUUUGCUGCUGGUCUUGCUCCUUCCCUCCUCCCUUUCAGGAGGGCAAGGUGUCAUGGAGCUCUUUUAUUUUGUUUAUUAUUAAUUACUUGGAUGCUAACAUUGUGCAGUGUUUAUUGAUAAAUAACCAGUCUGUCAAUGAUAGUCAUUUCAGUAUAGGUUACAGUAAUACCCAAUAAUUGUAGAAAUGAUGACUGAAUAACUCACAAUUUCACCACCAGACUUCCUGUAUCAAUAAGUCCCACCAAGACACUAAACUACCUGUUGUUGUCCUGCACAUUCAAAUUUAAUCCUUCCAAUAAACAAGGCUUUGAAA